ACUAACUCUGUUUGCAAACGUAAAGGGUACUCCUCUUAGUUCAUCAGAAGGCGUCUGACUUUACAAAGCAAUCUAUUCCUUUGGCGUUCCAAACGAAAAGAAAGGAGAGGCGUUCAAGUACUAAGAUGAAGCUGCCUUUCGUUAUCACCUUUUUCCUCUGCAUUUCUGUUGGGCACUGCUUGACGUGUUACCAGUGUAUUAGUGCCAAGAGUUGGGGUGACUGUGGAAGUGAAACGAAGAAACAAACCUGUCCGCUAGGAUCGUAUGCAUGUGCCAAGUUUGAACAAAAACUUCCAAGUUGGGGCGGAACGUUAUAUGCCAAGGGUUGUACUGACACUGAACAGUGGUGCAAAGACAUCAAACAUAAGGAUGUAUGCCAAGGUCAGUCGUCCUCAAACUUGUGUUCUGCUUACUGCUGCACUGGAGAUCUGUGUAAUGGAGGAUCACUGCCAACGGCCAGCACCAUUACGUUUCUGGCAUGCACAUUUGUAGCCUUUCUCAACUCUUUUGGUUCACUGAUUAAGGAACUGCUUUUGUAGACAGAAAAAGUCAUAAUCUACCAGCAUUUUCCAAUGUAAAAACAAUUUCUUUCUGAUUAAAAAAGACAUGCGACAAGGUC